AUGAGUAAUGUGAUGCUCUGGAGGCAGGUCGAUCCCGCCGAGAAGACAGCGGUUGGCACGCUCGUGGCCGACAGCACUGGCACGGCCGCAACAGACUCGCUGUACACGUUCAACUACGCGCAGAACCCCUUAACGUUCAAGGUGAGGCGCAAGUCGGGCAUCUCGCUCGUGUCCGUACCUGGAGGCAUCCGAGGGCGGCGAUCGGAUCGUCUACGGCAUCUGCAAGAGGACGCUCGACAACUUGAAGUUGGCUUCGGGCGGCAAACGCUCUGGGUCCGUGGUCAAGGAUCGGCCACGACCAAAGUGCGGCCUACUCAAUUGGGGUAG